AUGUUGGCCAUUGGAGAUACGUGUAUCUACCGAGGCUCCAAUGAUGCCCCGCCUAAAUUUGGCAUCAUACAAAGUGUUGAUGAUGGCGGAGACGUGGUACUUGUCGUCCCCUCUGACACCAAUGCUGAGAGCUGUCGCGUAAAGAAGGGUCGUGUAACGAAGCUCAAAAGUGCCGAUGAUGAUAUUAUUUCUCAAUGUUUAGGUAGCAUAAAUGAAGGCUACAUAAAGGUGCAAUUAGAAACUGCCCAACUUUUGAAAGAUAAUGUGGGCGAUCUCGCUCCCUAUCAAAGCAUCUUCGGUAAUGGACGGCGUCCCAAGGAGGAGAAGGAAGGGGAAGGGGAUCUAUGUGAUAGGAUUAAUAUGCUGAGCACUUCUGAUGGGCAUAAGGAGCACUUCAAGCCUUCAGAGCAACAAUCUAAAUCGUCUCCUCGUAAGUGGCAGAUUGGCGACAUAUGUGUGUGUCGGUGGUGCGAGGACAACAAGUGGUACUUUGCGGAAAUCAUCGAUAUCACCGAGGACGCGGGAUAUUGUGAAGUACAAUUUCUCUAUUAUGGUACGGAGCAGUAUUUCGUCCGCCUAGACCGCAUACAUCGAGUUGAUGGCUCGUCCCGGAAGUGGGUGGAGGAUGAAGACAACGCUCGUGCUGCCCAGGAGCUACUCAAAACUGUUGAAAUAAGGUCAGAUGGCAGAAGUCUUCCAAAGGUAGAGCCUGGGUUAAGUGUGCAGUCAGGAGCUGUGAUGAAAAGGAAAGGUCGAGGCAAGACGAAUUCGGUGGAAGAUAAAUGGAAGACCGGCGGUGGUCCCGUAUUGUCGCAGUUUUGGCGCACUCUGCUCCUUGAAUCGUAUGGUAAUGACGAAAAUGCCGUUCGGAAUCUCCUCAACUCGUGGUACAUGUGUGGCUACCAAACUGGUUACCUGACGAAUGGACGUUUGCGUGUGCCUUGCGGUGGUCGUGGCGUGAACGUAGGUUUGGACAACACGUUGGGUUGGUUGAAGAAGUAG